CCUUGCUGAAAGGGAGCGAGAGCAGGAGGCGGGAGACAUGACUCUGAAAAGGAAGGAGAGAGGGGUUGGUUUAUGGGGGCUGAUCAGGAGAAAGAAGUUCGAAGAAGAAGAAGGCACAAUGGGUGAGGGAGGAAGCACGGUGCGAGUCGCCAGCAUACCGCUUACGGCGAUAGCUAAGGAUCUCUUGGACUACCUCGAGGGCGCCGUUGGGAAGGGCACCAUCUUCGCGCUGGAGAUCCUCACUGAAGGUCGGAACUGGAAGUCGAAGGGCCACGGCCGCGUUCAGUUUGAGACCGCAAGCGACGCCCGGCGAGCAUUGGAGCUCUCCCGGCAAGGCAGACUCCGAUUCCAGAAUGCCAACCUCGAGAUAUCGCUUGCUCGUGAACAGAUUGUACCCCGUCCACUCAGGGCCGAGAAUCGACUAGUGGGGGGCGCGCUGCAUGCGGGCACAAUGGUCUCAGACGUCUCCAUGGCAUCCUUUGCAUGCUGGGAGAUUGGGAGGGCGGAGGUCAUGCCGGAGAGGGAGAGAGUCGCGUUUUGGGUGGAAGACGGUGGGGAGGUGUACAAGCUCGAAAUUCGGUUUGGGGACAUUGUUAGCACACAUGGGUUGUGUUUUGAGGAUCAGAACAGUGAUGCCAUUCUAUUCAGGGUUCAUUAUGCUCCAAGGGUCUACCAGAUGCUUCGUAGGAAGGAUUGGUUGCCAAUGUUUAGUGGCAAUAGAUACUAUAUUUGUAAGGAAGAUUGUGAUUUCUUGUGGAUAAGGACAACAGACUUCACAUCGUCAAGGGCCAUAGGAAAUUCCUCUUGUUUUUGUUGGGAGCUCCCUGAUGGUGUUGAUGGACAAGCAUUCAGGCUGCUAGCAAGUAGCUUCCCACAGUAUGAAGAGAUGGAAGAGCUAACUGUUGAGUACGAGGUUCCUCCGUCUUCAAGUUCAGAGCUGGCUCCUAUUAUAGAUUUCCCUCAUGGUUGUAACCUGUCAUAUGAAGUCCAUUUUCAGCUUAAUUCGCUUCUCCAUGCACAGAAGAUUACUUAUUUGGCAAUUAGCAGGGAGUUAUUGGACAGAUUGGUGCAUAUUCGUACUGGUGAUUUGAGAACAAUUCUGAUGAAUUUGGCUAAGCUUGAUUCCACUUGCUAUAACCUUGAAGAGUUUAUUGAAGAACAGCUGAACAAAAUGAGGAGGAAGCAAAUGAAAUUGCAGAAGUCACAUGGUUAUUUCUUGGAAGGGAAAAACAUAAUGAGUUGUCAGCGAGCUCUUGUGACACCUACAAAAGUUUAUUUUAUGGGCCCUGAAUUUGAGACCUCAAACCAUGUGGUCAGACAUUUUUCAGCACAUGCAUCUAACUUCAUCCGAGUCUCCUUUGUUGAUGAGGAUCUUGGUAGGCUCUCACGUGAUGUGCUUGCUCCUAGAGUUGGCAGCACAAGGCCAUUUAAAACAAAGAUCCAUGGACGUGUAUUAUCCAUUCUUAGAGAUGGGAUACUUUUUGGGGCUAAAAGGUUUGAGUUUCUGGCCUUCUCAGCAAGCCAACUGCGAGCAAAUUCUGUUUGGAUGUUUGCCUCCAACAGUGAUGUAACUGUGGAUGACAUAAGAAAUUGGAUGGGUGAAUUCAAAGGCAUCCGUUGUGUAGCUAAACAUGCAGCACGAAUGGGGCAGUUGUUCAGUUCUUCCGUGUCAACACUUGAUGUACCUCAUUAUGAAGUUGAAGAGGUUCCUGAUGUUGAAUGUGUCACUGAUCAUGUGCGCUAUUGCUUCUCUGAUGGGAUUGGUAAGAUAUCAUUGGCCUUUGCUGAAAAGGUUGCUAAGAAAUGUGGAUUGGACUAUACUCCCUCUGCUUUUCAAAUCAGAUAUGGUGGCCACAAGGGUGUUGUAGCUGUUGAUCCAACUUCAUUCAGGAAACUCUCCCUGCGGCCAAGCAUGCGAAAAUUCAACUCAAAUAACACCAUGCUCAGUGUGACCAACUGGAGCAAAUCCAUGCCAUGCUUCCUUAAUAGAGAAAUUAUUUCCCUUUUGUCCUCACUGGGAGUAGAGACUGAGAAAUUUGUGAGGAUGCAAUAUGAACAGAUGAGGGAUCUAGAUGACAUGCUAAUAGAUUCAAAAGUUGCUUUGAAUGUCUUGGAGAGCCUGGGAGGUGGUGGCACUUCAAUAACCUUGACAGAAAUGCUAUUACAAGGUUACAAACCAAAUGAAGAGCCUUACCUGGCAAUGAUGUUGAAAGAAUAUCGCUAUUUUCAGUUGUCUGAUAUGAGAAACAAGUGCAGAAUCUAUGUUCCAAACGGAAGAGUUUUGAUGGGUUGUUUAGAUGAAACACAGACACUAGAAUAUGGAGAAGUUUUUAUUCGAGUUACGAAGUCCAGUAAAGAGCAGCAAGAGAAUGAACUUCCUUUCUUCCAGAACGUUGCUGGUGAUAAUGUGACAUCUAUAGUGCUGGGAAAAGUUGUGGUCACUAAAAAUCCGUGUCUUCAUCCUGGUGAUGUCAGAGUCCUGCGAGCUAUAUACACACCGGUUUUGGAGGACCAAGGGCUCAUUGAUUGCAUAGUGUUUCCUCAAAAUGGGAAAAGGCCUCAUCCGAAUGAAUGUUCUGGUGGUGAUUUGGAUGGUGACUUAUACUUUGUUUCUUGGGAUGAGAAUAUCGUUCCACCUAAUACUGAUCCACCUAUGCACUAUAUUGGGCGAAGGCCACGGAUUAUGGCACAAGAAGUAACUUUACAGGAAGUUCAGGAGUUCUUUGUGAAUUAUAUGAUCAAUGAUUCGUUAGGUGCCAUUGCAAAUGCACAUUUGGUGCAUGCAGAUCGUGAACCAGAGAAGGCAAGAAGCGCCAUAUGCAAAGAGCUAGCAAUGCUUCACUCAGAGGCUGUGGACUUUGCAAAGACAGGAGCAGAAGCAGAAAUGCGACAUGCAUUAAUGCCAAAAGAGUACCCAGAUUUCAUGGAAAGAUCGGAUAAACCCUCCUAUGCUUCUCCUGGCGUUCUAGGGAUUCUGUACCGUGCUACUCUAGAAAAGAAAGUGCAGGAUAGUUUUCAGAUGGGGUCAAAUGAAGUUUUUUUGUCAAACUAUGACACUGAUCUUCAAGUAUGCGGCUUUGAGAAAUUUUUAGAAAUUUCACUAGUUCACAAAGAGCAAUAUGAAUCAAGAUUACGUGCUUUGAUGCAUUACUAUGGAGCAGACAAUGAACAUGAAGUACUCAGUGGGAAUCUAAGGAACCGAGCACCACUUCUGGAGAAGGAUAAGCAGAAAUUCACCAAGUUGAAGGAUAGAGUCUUGAUGUUAGUGAAGAAUCUGCAAAGAGAGGCAAGAAGCUGGUUUGAGGGUAGCUGCAGGAGCACGGAAUGCCAAAAAUUGGCGUCUGCAUGGUACCAUGUUACCUACCAUCCGGAUUAUCUUUCAAGCACCACAUUCUUGAGCUUCCCAUGGAUCCUGAGUGAUGUGCUGCUCAACAUAAAGUGUUCGAGAAGACAAAGCAUACACAUGUAGCUAUCAGGUGGCAAAGCAAUUCAUUUGUGCAUGCUUCGAUAUGUAUAUACAGGUUAUGUACAUAUAUUUGUGAAUGUCAUCUGUACAGAAAUAUGUUGGCUCAUUUAUCCAGACCAGAUUGAGCAGGUUGUCUCUGAGUGAUUUGGUAUCACGGAGAGUUCAAGUUUCUCUCUAAGCGUUUUGUGCUUUUUUGUUUUUUUCCGCCAAAGAUUCAACUUAU